AGCAUGUGAAUUGUUUAUGAAGAUAACACAUUUCUCAUUAGUACAUUUAUCAAUUCGUCCAUUAGCAAUGUAAAUAAUCCCAAUCAUUACAUAAUGAAUCUCAUUAGUGGAGAGUUAUCAUGAGUAGUGUUACAAUGUCUCGUGAAUAAUCGAGUGAAUUUGACAGAUGUCAAGUGAGUUCAAUUUCUCGAGGGAAAUUAGUAAAUUUUACUUUAACAACGAUUAGUGGAGUUAACCAGCCACAACAGAACCUCAAUGAACCUCAAACUAAGAUCUGAACAACAAAAGACUAAUCCUCCACCUCCUAAAAUCCAAAAUGAAUUGAGAUUCACUCCACCCCCCACCCCAUCACUCCCAAAAACUUCACGAGAGUGUUCCACAAAAUGAGAUUAUGUUGGACAAAUCUGAAGCCAAGCUCUUAACCCUGGAGCUAAUGAAAAAUUUCUUCAGGCGGCGUGAAAACUCAAGCAAGCCCCUUCGAAACGACAGAAUAGGCUCUCUAGGUCUGAUUCAGCACUCUCGUCCAUCUUACCUCCCAGCGAAGACUCUGGAGGAAGAAAUCAAGCACCAGAAGCAACACAAUGAGAUCCUCGAGUCAGUGCGGAGACGAGAGACCCGAGAGGAGAAAGAACGGAAGAAGAAACAAGAAGAGAGACAUAAAGAGGAAGAGCGACUCUUGAUCGACUCCAGACUCUGGACCAAUGAAAUUCUCCCUAAUUUUAAGGAACUGAAAUCAUCGAAGGAUGUGAAGGACCUCUGGUGGAGGGGAUUGCCCCCCAGCAUAAGAGGAAGAGUCUGGAGAUUGGGAAUUAGUAACAGAUUAGGCAUAGAAGACCACAUUUACAGAAAUUGUCUCAAUGACAUGAGAGAGAAAAUUAAUCACGAGUUCCUAGUGGCAAUCAAGUUGGAUGUGUCAAGGACCUUUCCAGCUUUGUGUGUGUUCCAGGAGGAUGGACCAUUGAAUGAACCCUUGCGCAGUGUUUUAGCUGCGUAUUGCGUUCACAGGCCUGAGGUGGGAUACGUCCAGGGAAUGAGCUUCAUCGGUGCAAUUUUGACAUUGAAUAUGGAGCCAAAUGACGCAUUCAUCUGUUUUUCGAAUCUGUUGGAUAAUCCUUGUCACAGGGCUGCAUUUACCCUCAACCAGACUCAAAUGAAUGUUUAUUAUAAGGUUUAUACUACAGCGUUAUUGAAUAAUCUGCCAAAAGUUCAUGCUCAUUUUGUCUCUUCUGGAUUGAGUCCUGAUUUUUAUUUGCUGGACUGGGUUUACACAAUUUAUGCCAAGGCCAUGCCGUUGGACGUUGCCUGCAGGGUUUGGGAUAUUUUUGUCAGGGAUGGGGAUGAGUUUUUGUUCAGGACGGCGUUGGGGGUUUUGAAUCUUUAUCAGGAGGAACUGUUAGGCAUGGAUUUUGUCAGGGGUGCUCAGUUCUUGACGAGAUUGCCUGAGAAUCUCCAGGCUGGUCAGUUGUUUGAGAGUAUUGGAAUGAUGAGGGUUUGUGCGGGCGGUGUUAGCUUUCAGCAGAUGGUGGAUGAGGUUUCGAGGAGAAAUUCGUGAUGCUUCAAAGUCGAGAUGAGUAACAUCGGCUUCAUGACUAGAUAAUUUUGCCAAAAUAAUUUUGGUAGAUUACUUUUUCCGCCUGGAGUUUUGAUCAAGAGAAUUGGUACGGUGGGGGAAUUCUACAGGGGUUCACUACAGAUAUUUUUCGUACACUGAGAGAAACAAUUACUUCUGACAAAGAUAAUUUUCUUGAUACGAGAAAAUAUUCGCUUGUCAAUUUCUAGAAUCGUUAAAUCUCCGGGUAAAAUUGUCCCGACAAAAUUUAUAAGUGUUAGGGUACGGCUUCCCAUAAAUUCAUAUAGUUUGCGUUAUACCUAAAAUUUAAAAGAUUAUGAGAAUUUACACUUUCUCGAUUUAAUCCCUGAUCAUCUCCAACUGAUGAAUUUUUGUUUCAAUUGCACGACGAACACUUUCAUCAUCAAUUCAAGUGUAUAGAAAAUUGAU